AUGCCUGCUCAUGAAAUUAUUGAAUCUAAUAAUACGUUUUUCGAGGCUGAAGAACAAUUUCAACUCAGUCCAUCUAAAGUUCGCUGGUUUUACAAAGAUGAGAUCGCGAAGAAAUGGGUUGCUUUUAAUGGAUAUGAUUCCAUUAAAAUCGAGCUUACUUAUCUUCGCUUACUUAAGUGUAAGAAUGGAUUUUCCAGCGAAACUGACGAUAAUUUUAAACCACUUGUUGUUCGUGACGGCUUGUAUGAAGUAGACGUUGUCACGAAACAAUGCUACCCCAUAUAUUGGGAAUCUCAUACCGGGCCAACAAGUAUACUUCGUGGAAUUUGGUUUAAAGAUCCUGGUCUUCAUCAUUCGGUACCAAUCGAAGACGAAUCAAUGGUAGAGCAGCUUGAAACUACUUACGCUAUGCUUCAAUGUCGUCUCUCAACUACUGAAUCAGGUCGUUCUGGUAGUUCUUCUCCCAAAUUGGGUACUGACGAGGAAAGUGGCACUGAAACGACUUCAGCAAUCGUUUCAAUUUUCUCGAGCCCAGCUAAAAGUUCUUUUGGAACUCGUUUGGGUCGGGGCUACUUUGAGGAGGCUGAUCCAAACACCCCACCACCUGUCUACUCUCAUCUCUGUUUUGUGGUUCAUGGAAUAGGUCAGAAGUUCCAGAAAGGCUCCAUAAUCACUCUUUGUGAUCGAUUCAUUGUCUGA